AUGAGAGCGAGGGGCGCAUUGCGCCAGGCCGCGCCCUCAUCUCGCUGCAUGUGCCCCGCGCCAUACCCACUCGCCCCUCGCAUCCCUCCCCCACUUCCUCUCCCUCCUCCUCGCCCUCCCCCCCACUCCCUGGGCGUGUGGCGAGGGAUGGGCACAGCAGAGACAGGCAGGGAGAGGCAGGGUUGGGAUGAGGGUGCCGACAGGGGCUAUGACAACGCAGAUGGGAAGAGUGGAGGAGGCGGUGCUGCAGGUUAUGCUGGUGUCCCGCAGGAGGGAGGGCGUGUAGGGAGUGCAAGGAGUGCAACACAGGAGGGAGGGAGUGCAGGAGGUGCCAUAGACAGAGGUGACAGUGACUAUGGUCCUGCUGACGUCUUCCAAGUGUUGCUCGACGCCAGCCAUGGCACCGCUGAGGUGAUUGUGGAGCUGCCACUCCGUGCACACGCAGGCGCACAGCCCCGGUGGGUGCUGGUAAAGCUGCUACUCACUGUCGCCGACCAGGCUUCCAAUCGCCUCCACAUCAAAGUGCCUGCUACAUUCAAUUCAAGUGUAGAAUCAGAGUCAGAACGGAACGCGUACGCGUCCUCUCGGAACGUGUUUGAUGCUUAUUUGGUCACUCUUGACAUCCCUCCGUUUUCCGUUGUUCAUUAUCCCUCAGGUGUGCUGCCAGGUGUGCUGCCAGGUGCGCUGCCAGGUGUGCUGCCAGGUGUGCUGCCAGGUGCGCUGCCAGGUGCGCUGCCAGGUGUGCUGCCAGGUGUGCUGCCAGGUGUGCUGCCAGGUGCGCUGCCAGGUGCGCUGCCAGGUGCGCUGCCAGGUGCGCUGCCAGGUGUGCUGCCAGGUGUGCUGCCAGGUGCGCUGCCAGGUGUGCUGCCAGGUGUGCUGCCAGGUGUGCUGCCAGGUGUGCUGCCAGGUGCGCUGCCAGGUGCGCUGCCAGGUGCGCUGCCAGGUGCGCUGCCAGGUGCGCUGCCAGGUGCGCUGCCAGGUGCGCUGCCAGGUGCGCUGCCAGGUGCGCUGCCAGGUGCGCUGCCAGGUGCGCUGCCAGGUGCGCUGCCAGGUGCGCUGCCAGGUGCGCUGCCAGGUGCGCUGCCAGGUGCGCUGCCAGGUGCGCUGCCAGGUGCGCUGCCAGGUGCGCUGCCAGGUGCGCUGCCAGGUGCGCUGCCAGGUGCGCUGCCAGGUGCGCUGCCAGGUGCGCUGCCAGGUGCGCUGCCAGGUGCGCUGCCAGGUGCGCUGCCAGGUGCGCUGCCAGGUGCGCUGCCAGGUGCGCUGCCAGGUGCGCUGCCAGGUGCGCUGCCAGGUGCGCUGCCAGGUGCGCUGCCAGGUGCGCUGCCAGGUGCGCUGCCAGGUGCGCUGCCAGGUGCGCUGCCAGGUGCGCUGCCAGGUGCGCUGCCAGGUGCGCUGCCAGGUGCGCUGCCAGGUGCGCUGCCAGGUGCGCUGCCAGGUGCGCUGCCAGGUGCGCUGCCAGGUGCGCUGCCAGGUGCGCUGCCAGGUGCGCUGCCAGGUGCGCUGCCAGGUGCGCUGCCAGGUGCGCUGCCAGGUGCGCUGCCAGGUGCGCUGCCAGGUGCGCUGCCAGGUGCGCUGCCAGGUGCGCUGCCAGGUGCGCUGCCAGGUGCGCUGCCAGGUGCGCUGCCAGGUGCGCUGCCAGGUGCGCUGCCAGGUGCGCUGCCAGGUGCGCUGCCAGGUGCGCUGCCAGGUGCGCUGCCAGGUGCGCUGCCAGGUGCGCUGCCAGGUGCGCUGCCAGGUGCGCUGCCAGGUGCGCUGCCAGGUGCGCUGCCAGGUGCGCUGCCAGGUGCGCUGCCAGGUGCGCUGCCAGGUGCGCUGCCAGGUGCGCUGCCAGGUGCGCUGCCAGGUGCGCUGCCAGGUGCGCUGCCAGGUGCGCUGCCAGGUGCGCUGCCAGGUGCGCUGCCAGGUGCGCUGCCAGGUGCGCUGCCAGGUGCGCUGCCAGGUGCGCUGCCAGGUGCGCUGCCAGGUGCGCUGCCAGGUGCGCUGCCAGGUGCGCUGCCAGGUGCGCUGCCAGGUGCGCUGCCAGGUGCGCUGCCAGGUGCGCUGCCAGGUGCGCUGCCAGGUGCGCUGCCAGGUGCGCUGCCAGGUGCGCUGCCAGGUGCGCUGCCAGGUGCGCUGCCAGGUGCGCUGCCAGGUGCGCUGCCAGGUGCGCUGCCAGGUGCGCUGCCAGGUGCGCUGCCAGGUGCGCUGCCAGGUGCGCUGCCAGGUGCGCUGCCAGGUGCGCUGCCAGGUGCGCUGCCAGGUGCGCUGCCAGGUGCGCUGCCAGGUGCGCUGCCAGGUGCGCUGCCAGGUGCGCUGCCAGGUGCGCUGCCAGGUGCGCUGCCAGGUGCGCUGCCAGGUGCGCUGCCAGGUGCGCUGCCAGGUGCGCUGCCAGGUGCGCUGCCAGGUGCGCUGCCAGGUGCGCUGCCAGGUGCGCUGCCAGGUGCGCUGCCAGGUGCGCUGCCAGGUGCGCUGCCAGGUGCGCUGCCAGGUGCGCUGCCAGGUGCGCUGCCAGGUGCGCUGCCAGGUGCGCUGCCAGGUGCGCUGCCAGGUGCGCUGCCAGGUGCGCUGCCAGGUGCGCUGCCAGGUGCGCUGCCAGGUGCGCUGCCAGGUGCGCUGCCAGGUGCGCUGCCAGGUGCGCUGCCAGGUGCGCUGCCAGGUGCGCUGCCAGGUGCGCUGCCAGGUGCGCUGCCAGGUGCGCUGCCAGGUGCGCUGCCAGGUGCGCUGCCAGGUGCGCUGCCAGGUGCGCUGCCAGGUGCGCUGCCAGGUGCGCUGCCAGGUGCGCUGCCAGGUGCGCUGCCAGGUGCGCUGCCAGGUGCGCUGCCAGGUGCGCUGCCAGGUGCGCUGCCAGGUGCGCUGCCAGGUGCGCUGCCAGGUGCGCUGCCAGGUGCGCUGCCAGGUGCGCUGCCAGGUGCGCUGCCAGGUGCGCUGCCAGGUGCGCUGCCAGGUGCGCUGCCAGGUGCGCUGCCAGGUGCGCUGCCAGGUGCGCUGCCAGGUGCGCUGCCAGGUGCGCUGCCAGGUGCGCUGCCAGGUGCGCUGCCAGGUGCGCUGCCAGGUGCGCUGCCAGGUGCGCUGCCAGGUGUGCUGCCAGGUGUGCUGCCCUCCCUACGCGCAUGCCAUAUCCUGCCAGGUGUGCUGCCCUCCCUACGCGCAUGCCAUAUCCUGCCAGGUGUGCUGCUGUCCCUACGCACAUGCCAUAUCCUGCCAGGUAUCCCGUUCGUGUUUGCUUAUUUCUCCUGUCAUCCGUUUUCUUUGAGGCUCCACCUCACCCCUCGUGUCCUCCCUUGCUGUGUCUGUCUCUGCUCUUGGUGUCCUCGUCUCGCCUGCCUACCUCGCAGUGCCAUCAAGCUGUGUGCGGCAGUGGUGGCUCUUCUCAGAGUGGCCGAGUUUCAAGCUCGAGGCAUGAAUGUAUCGCUGAACUCGCCGCUCUCCUUCCUCCCUCUGUACCCCGGAGACAAGGCGGAGAGCCAUGACCCCUCCAACCUCAACGGAGGCCACAUCACAAUCGCUCAUGAAAUCAGAAAGAUGCUCCUGGUGUCGAGCAACACAGCAUACAACAGACUCUAUGCCUUGGUAGGACAGAGGCGACUCAAUGAAGCCAUGCACUCCCUGGGUCUCUGUUCAGCGCGCAUCUCCCACCGCCUCUCCCUCCCCCUCUCUCCGCUUGACAACCGCCGCUGUGAGCCCGUGCAAGUGGGCUGGGAAGGCAAUGCCAAUGCCUCCGCAUUCUGCCUUCCUCCCAAGUGCAGCAGCCAUGAGUUGCCUCCGGUGGAAGGAGUGGAGGGGUUGCUUGUUGGCCGUGCUUAUAUCGAUGCCAAUGGCACCAAGGUGGAUGCACCGUUGGACUUCUCUUCCAAGAAUCGCAUGACUCUUGUUGACCUGCAGAACCUCCUCGUGCUGCUCAUGCACCCAGACAUACAGUUGCCUGGCUGCCACCCGAUCCGAAUGGGCGAGAGGCACAGGCUGCUGGUGCAGGAGGCCAUGAGGCAGUACCCCCGAGAGUCUCGCAAUCCCAGAUAUGCUGACAAGAAGUACACGGAUGAUUACCGCAAGUUUUUUCUGCCCGGACUGUGCCGAGUGCGGCCAAAGGAAGCUCUGCGUGUCUACAACAAGAUUGGGAGGGCGUUUGGCUUCACAAUUGAUAACGCCUAUAUCCUCGACAUAGAGACAGGAAGGGAGUUCUUCCUCUCUCUUUCUCUCUACACCAAUGCGAACGGCUGCCUGAACGACGAUAAGUACGAGUAUGACCUGGCACGUGACGUGGCAGCUGAUGUGGCAGAGGCCAUUGCUAGGGCUCUGUGGGGUGAGAACAACAGGACUCGAGACCAGGAUGAGGUGGCAGCUAACACGGUUACUGAUGCGUCUGAUGAUGCAUCAGCUGAUCUGGCAGCUGAUGUGGCAGCUGAUAUAUCAGCUGAUGUUCCAGCUGACGUGGCAACUGAUGUGGCAGCGGAUGCUGCAGCUGAUGCAGCACCUACUGCAUCAAAGACAGAUUCUUUGGAGAGGGAGCAUCGUCCUCUCUCCCCAGCACCCAUAUCACCCAGAGUCUCAGAUUCUUCGCAAGUUUCUAACGUGCCAGCCUCCUGUUGUUUUACACCGCCUCAGAAGAGUAUUCCUGACCCUGCGGCUUGUCUGUCACCAAGUCCAGCCACUGAUUCCUCUCAGGUUUCAGAUGUGCCAGGCUCAACUGUCGAAGCACAGAGCCUCAUGAGCAAGACCCCGCUCCCUGUGUACACGUUCUUUGUUAAUGAAUGA